AUGUCGGCAGCCUUUGCUGCAUGUGAAAAGCAAGUUUUCUGUAGCCAAAAUACCAGUAUUGGGAAACAUGAAUUGACUGGGCAUAAAGUUGCUGUGAAGAUACUCAAUCGACAGAAGAUUCGAAGCCUUGAUGUGGUAGGAAAAAUCCGCAGAGAAAUUCAGAACCUCAAACUUUUCAGACAUCCUCAUAUAAUUAAACUGUACCAGGUCAUCAGUACACCAUCUGAUAUUUUCAUGGUGAUGGAAUAUGUCUCAGGAGGAGAGCUAUUUGAUUAUAUCUGUAAAAAUGGAAGGCUGGAUGAAAAAGAAAGUCGACGUCUGUUCCAGCAAAUCCUUUCUGGCGUGGAUUACUGUCACAGGCAUAUGGUGGUCCACAGAGAUCUGAAACCUGAAAAUGUCCUGCUUGAUGCACACAUGAAUGCCAAGAUAGCUGAUUUUGGUCUUUCAAACAUGAUGUCAGAUGGUGAAUUUUUAAGAACAAGUUGUGGCUCACCUAACUAUGCUGCACCAGAAGUAAUUUCAGGAAGGUUAUAUGCAGGCCCAGAAGUAGACAUAUGGAGCAGUGGUGUUAUUCUCUAUGCUUUAUUAUGUGGAACCCUUCCAUUUGAUGAUGAUCAUGUGCCAACUCUUUUUAAGAAGAUAUGUGAUGGGAUUUUUUAUACCCCUCAGUAUUUAAAUCCUUCUGUGAUUAGCCUUCUGAAACAUAUGCUGCAGGUAGAUCCAAUGAAGAGGGCCACAAUAAAAGAUAUCAGGGAACAUGAAUGGUUUAAACAGGACCUUCCAAAAUACCUCUUUCCUGAGGAUCCAUCAUAUAGCUCAACCAUGAUUGAUGAUGAAGCCUUAAAAGAAGUGUGUGAAAAAUUUGAAUGUUCAGAAGAGGAGGUUCUCAGCUGCCUUUAUAAUAGAAAUCACCAGGACCCUUUGGCAGUUGCCUACCACCUCAUAAUAGAUAACAGGAGAAUAAUGAAUGAAGCUAAAGAUUUCUACUUGGCAACAAGCCCGCCUGAUUCUUUUCUUGAUGAUCACCAUUUAACUCGCCCCCAUCCCGAAAGAGUACCAUUCUUGGUUGCUGAAAUGCCAAGAACACGACAUACCCUUGAUGAAUUAAAUCCACAGAAAUCCAAGCACCAAGGUGUAAGGAAAGCAAAAUGGCAUUUGGGAAUUAGAAGUCAAAGUCGGCCAAAUGACAUCAUGGCAGAAGUAUGCAGAGCAAUUAAACAACUGGAUUAUGAGUGGAAGGUUGUAAACCCGUAUUACUUGCGUGUGCGAAGGAAGAAUCCUGUGACGAGCACAUACUCCAAAAUGAGUCUGCAGUUAUACCAAGUGGAUAGUAGAACUUACUUACUGGAUUUCCGAAGUAUUGAUGAUGAAAUUACAGAAGCCAAAUCAGGUACUGCUACUCCACAGAGAUCGGGAUCAGUUAGCAACUAUCGAUCUUGCCAAAGGAAUGACUCGGAUGCUGAGGCUCAAGGAAAAUCCUCAGAAGUUUCUCUUACCUCAUCUGUAACUUCACUCGAUUCUUCUCCUGUUGACUUAACUCCAAGGCCUGGAAGUCAUACAAUAGAAUUUUUUGAAAUGUGUGCAAAUCUAAUUAAAAUUCUUGCACAAUAAACCUGAAACUUUGCUUAUUUCUUUGAUAGCAAUAAGCAUGCAUAAUAAAUAAUAGCCAAAUGCUUACAUGUAUAAUCGAGUUAUAGAUAUAUACAUAAUUAUAACUGAGGAUUGGCCUUCUGGAAUGCAAUUUGCACAGGAGUUGGAAAAUGAUUAAUAAUUAAAAGCCUAAUAUGCAUAAAUAAAUUAAGAUCAUUUUGUUGUUAUUGUUCACAGGCAUAUAGCAUAAUAUAAUACAAACAAUGAAUUAGGUCUCAGGCUCUCUUGAUUUUCAGCUGUUUUCUAUUUAGUGUAUACAGGGCUUUGUAGAAUAUUAAUUUACCAUAAAGGCCUUUAUAUAUGUUGUGUUCUAUAUUUGCUUUGUAAAUUUACUCAGUAUUGCCUAGAAUUCCUCUAGACCUUUAUAGGUGAUAUUAUCUUCUGGGCUUCUUAAAUCAAAUAGCUAGUAUUUUCCAAUAGCAGUAACAGUCUGGAUAACUUCUUUCAUGUCCUCCUCUUAAAAUUCUAUACUAUAUGAUAAAUUGUGUCAGGUAUUAAACUCAAUUUAAAGUUUUUCUUUAGUUGGGUAAGUCCAAAACACAGAAUUUAUAUAUUCAUAUACUCUCCACACUGUUUAUCUUAUAAUUUGUCCCCCAUACUCUGUAAAGUGGUCUGUGUCAAGAGCUGAGUUGCAUAUAAUGUAUAUAAAUCAUGUUUCUGUAAUUUCACAAAUUCUGGCUCAUGUUGUCAGCCAGUAUUGAAUGUAUGCAAACAUCUGUAGUAAUUUGAUUAUGGACCUUUUAAUUGAUUCAGUGCAUAGAAAGAACAGGUGUUACCAACUAUAAAUGCCUAGCUGGACCCUUCCCUCUGUGAACUUUUUUAAAAAGAAAAAUUGAAAGACUAUAGAGUAAUCCUAUGUAUCUAAAUUAGAUUUCUUUAACAUUUUGCCAUUUUUUCUGUCUAUACCCAGAUAUAUAUAUAUAUAGUUAUGCAUAUGUAUUUGUGUGUGUAUAUGCCUGUUUUCUGAACUACUUGGAUGUUACAUUUAUCAUCCCUAACUACUUUAAGUGUCUUCUUAAAGUAAUGAGUCUCCUAAGAAAACUACCAUAAGUUCAUUAUAAGUUUAGUAACUUCCUAUGAUCUGAUAUUCAUGCCAUGUUUAGAUUUCCCUAUUUAUCCUCCAAAUUGCUUUUACAGCUGAUUAUUUCAAACCAGGAUCCAAUUAAAGUUUACACAUUGGAUUUUGUUAAAUCUCUUUAGUCAGAUAUAACAUUAUUUUGGUAAAAUGCAGAACAAAUCACAGUUCUUCUGAAUGGCCAAAUUUGUUUUGUGUUUUAAUUAUUUAAAAAACUUAGCAUUAUGGGAACUGUCUAAAGAUGUUUAAUCUAAGAUCUCUCACAUAUUUUUUUACUCAGUAAUAAAAUCACAUAAGUGUAAAUGAAAACUUUAAAGUCACCUCAGAUAAAAUUGAUAUCAUGUGUAUGCUGAUAAAUAAAUAUUGUAUUGUCCACA